UAUCAAUUUUACGACCCGUCACGACUAGUCACGAGCAUCUUCUCUAUCCUUUAUUAUUCUCCGUCUAUUUCGUAACAAUUACAACCCAUUUCCAACGGGGAUUUUCACAUCUUUUACGCUGUUCCCGUCCUUACUUCCUGAACGCCGCUCCGAUUCUUGUUCGAAUCGCACGCCAAACGCGAGUUGGGAUCUCUGCUACAGUAUAACCUGCCUUGACAUUCUCAUCAAAUCUACCCGGGGAUUAAAUCUCUGGCUUGGCAUCUCAACUCUUAAGAUCCUUUUCAACGAAUCUGUCUUGUAUCGUCCUGUUGUAGCAAUGGCUACCCCGGAGGCGCCUCGACAAUAUGUCCCUCUGACAUGUCAUGGACAUUCUCGUCCUGUCCCACACAUCAGCUUCUCUCCUCUCGAGAAGGAUGAUGUCUACUAUUUGAUCUCGGCUUGUAAAGACGGUAACCCUAUGCUUCGCGACGGCCAAACUGGUGACUGGAUUGGUACUUUCAUAGGCCAUAAAGGUGCAGUCUGGCAAGCGAGGCUCAGUCCCGAUGCCGCAACUGCCGCUACCGCUUCUGCAGACUUCACCGCAAAAAUCUGGGAUACACAUACCGGCGAACUCCUCCAUACUCUUCAACAUGACCACAUCGUACGAGCUGUUGCCUACCCACCUGACAAUUCCGACCUCGUUGCCACCGGCGGGAUGGAGAAGAAGCUUCGCAUUUUCGACUUGACAGAAAUGAAGCCCAAGUCUACAUCCGAAGCCGCUACAAACGGAAACAAUCCCGAGCCUGCCAUCGUACCGUCCACGAUUCAAGCCUCUUCGGCUUUCGAAAUAGGAGCCGGCGUUCACACUGCCUCUAUCAAAUUCAUAGUUUGGACUAGAGACCCGAACAUCUUGAUAACCGCUUCUGACAACACACUCCGUUGGUUUGACUUGCCCACCAGGAGCGUGGUGAAGCAGGAAGUCUUGGACGGAGAAAUCGGUUCUUGCGAGUUUUGUGCCCUAGCUCCAGAAUUCACGUCCAAGACAGACAUCGGCGAGGGGUUACCAGUCCUCGCGGUGGCUGCUGGGAAAUCCAUCUAUUUCUGGGGCGGCUUUCGCGCCAUGGACGAACUGAAGCGCACCAAGAUGAAUUACAAAGUAGCCAGCGUCGCUCUGGACCCUAAGGGAAGGAAGAUCGUCGUCGGCGAAGAUAUUCCGGCGACGUGGGCCAGAGUCUACAGGUGGGAUGACGACACAGAGAUAGACAUCCACAAAGGCCAUCACGGACCUGUGUGGUCGGUGGCUUUCUCUCCGGACGGCAAGCUCUACGCCACCGGCUCGGAAGACGGAACAAUCAAGAUGUGGAAGAACUGCGAAGGGUUUUAUGGGCUCUGGCGUGGAGGUGCAGGUGGGGGAACAGAGAGAAACGUCGAGUAGGGUGGCGCGCUUCGCGGAAGACCUUCAACCGCCUCAAGCCGAGAUAGCCCAGAUGUUUCGACAAAUUCUACCAAGGAGUCCCUAUAGGAAGCUAUGCCUACUCCUAUCCCGACUAAAAUGAGCACCCGAACAGCUUAAACACAGCGUCUUCCGAAUAUCGCCUCCUCAGGAGCAUAAUUCGAGAGGAGCAUAUUAGACCAUUUUGGGUCAGAAGUAGGCAAAUAACU